AUGUACACACAGACACAUGUACAUAUAUACACACACAAACACACGUACACACAGACACAUGUACACACACAUACAUACACACAGACACAUGUACACACACAUACAUACACACACACACGUACAUGCAUACACAGACACACACACAAACACUAUAAAAAGUUGCAGUACUUCGUUGUUCACUCACAGAUCCGGGUACUGCACUCUAGGGGGAGGCAGAGAGCACAGCACACUCUCCUUGCUAUGCUUUCACUGCGCUCAGCUAUUGAGCAGUCUGACGGCUCCCAGUACCAAUGAGAUCUGGCCUGAGCUCUGAGCCUGCUCAGCAAGAUGGCCCUGGGGGACACACUGGCACCCACCAUAAUUUCCACUCGCCAUUGGCGAGCAGGUGAGUGGAAAUUUCAAGGCCUGCUCUACACUAUUAGUUA